AUGAUCCCGGCCUCGUCCCGUCUCGUCAUCUCCUCGGCUCUGCUGUUGGCCGUUGCUGCCGUCUCUGCCGAUGACGGAGACAACGUCAGGGUAUGGGCUGCAGUCGCCUAUGUUAACCAUGGCGAGAGCACACCUCUUCUGGGUGGCCUGCAGACCGUCCUCACGCCGGAAGGCGCCCAGCAGAUGCAACGGCAGGGAAUCGCCUUUCGAUCCCGGUACUUGAACAACGGCACACAAAUACAGGGCAUCAACGUCGUGGCCAUCGACAACCUGCAGCUCAACAUCUCGUCCCAGACGGACGACUGGGUCGCCGCCAGUGCCCUCGCCUUCAUGCAGGGCCUCUACCCACCCGACGUCAUGGCCCUUCUCGCUGCCGGCGGCGGCACUGACCUGGGACUGAACUUGGUCGCCGGUUCCAACACCACCGACUACCCCUUGUUAGGAUACCAGUAUCCCAGGGUUCGAACUCUUUCGAACGAAACGAGCGCCUCUCUCGGGAACGUUCAGAGCCAAAUCAACGACAACCGGCCAUUUUAUGAGAAUCUAUUUUCGUCUGAUCCUCUCAAGGGCUUCGUCACGCCUGCCCAGGCGACCUAUCUCAACGCUUAUGAGCUGUAUGACCUCGUCAACUACCAGUACAGGCAUAAUGGAACAGUCUUCAAGGAGCUCCAGGACGCGAAUAAGACAAUUGACACUCUUCAGGUCAACGCGUACAACCUUGAGCAAGAUAAGGCGAUCCACGAUGCGAACAAGAAGGAUGACCCGCUCAACGCGCUCUACAGCAUCGCUGGCCGAACGCUCGCCUACGAGGUUGAGGACAAGCUCAAUGGCAUCGUGGCGAGAAAGGGGGGAGGUGUCAAGAUUUCACUCAUGUUUGGCUCCUUCCGACCGCUGCUGUCAUUCCUCACCAUCGCCGGUCUGCUCACCACCGAGAACCUCGCGUCGGGACCCUUUUCUCGAUUGCCAGAGCCCGGUGCGACCAUGAUCUUCGAGCUCGUCUCGGACAUGAGCUCGAGCAACUCGGACGUCUUCCCUCCUACGGACAAGUUGAAGGUACGCUUCUACUACCGCUCCACGGCGAAUGCCAACGACGUCUUUACGAGCUUUGCACUCUUCGGCGCUGGCAGUGAUCAAACCAGCGUCCCCUACUCGUCCUUUGUCAAGAGUAUGGAAGAUCGCAGCACAAGCCCUACGUCCUGGUGUAGCGUUUGCAAGCCCGAUGCGCCGGCGUCCUGGUGCGCCGGACUAAGUGGCAACCGGUCCUCAUCCCGCCGGUCCACCAGUCCAUUCGUCGCAGGCCUCAUCGGUGCUGCCACCAUGGCCGGGCUUGUCGCCAUCGCCACACUCGUGCUCUGGAUGCUCGGCCGCUUGCGCUUUCAGCGGCCCCAUAAGAAAGCGGACAGUGACAACAUAUACACCCCCAGAGGCUUCCAGGGCGAGAUGCGAAAGGCCAGCGACGCCGACGUGGCAGUGUCCGGGCACGGCGAGCACAAGGAGAGGGUCGGCAGCUGGGAGAUGCAGAGCGGGGAGCAAGUGAAUCGACAGCCCAGAGAGACAGAGGCUGAGGAUGAGACGGAGGCCGAGGAGGCGGAAGAAGUCGCCGUCACCCAAUCCUUUCACCAUGCCACGAGUAGGAUAGAGGAUGAUGAAGCGUUCAAUGUAGACUGGACGGCGGUGCAUGCGCGGGAGGGCGUGUGA